UCCACCACGAAAUUCAAGGACCACCUUUAAGCUAGUUGCUCGUAAGCCAUGCGUUACGUAAUGGUGGUCAUAUUUUGCGUGACCUAUUGCCUGACCUCCUGUCAGACCAGUGACCCAGGAUGCUGGAGGUCAGUAGAGGCCGAAUCUGCUGCUGAACCGUCGAACCUGCUGGGGGAUUACAGGAACAUGGCGGAAUUCGCCGUCGAUUUCGUCAAAGUUUUAAGACUCUCCGAAGUCUUCCUCUGUCUGGACGAUGACCUUGAAGACCAAAACAUCAUGUACGUCUUUGUAUCCACGCUGGCGCGCGCUGGAAUCUUCUUUAUGAAAUGUGACCUCGCCCAAGAGGAGAUGAGACCCAGCAGCAGCAGCCUCUCAGGUCAAGUGCAAGAAUACCCAGGUCACAGAAAAUUCACGGCUGCCGUACUCCACGUGACUUCCCGCCGAAAUUUGGCCGACACCCUGGCUCGUUACCAGGACCAGGGAGUUCUUGGGGAAGAAGGGCUCACCAGCUACAUAUUCGUCGGAAGUGACUUACCCGAGUGCAAGACGAGGAGCGACGGACCGGGACACUGGUUUCACGCUCGGUUUAACAAGAGUUCGCUAUCCGGGAAGGUAGAGGAAGUCUACGCCUUCGGGGAUGACCUGGAUGACCUCACAAUGACCGUGGCCACUUGGAAGAUGAGUCCAGCGGACACCCACCCCCGCCUGACGGUUCUUCGAGAGCCCGGAGUGGGACCGAGCGACUUCGAAGGGCACGUCAUCAAGGCUGUUACAGUACCUGUAACGUUAUAUGUUUCGUCAAGAUUUCCGUCUUGCCAAUUCUUCUUCUCUCGUUGGCAGUACGAACCUUUGGUCAUUAUAAGUCAGCCAUGCAAGAGUCCUCAAGGUGAACCCUGUUCUCUCAAUGUUGAUGACGCGCGACACGGCAGCAAGAUCGACAAGAAGAAAGUUCACGGGUAUCUAAUCGAGAUUAUGGAUGUUCUGAGCAACAAACUCAACUUCAGGGUUGACCUGCGCUCACUGCCAUCGCAAGAGGCGACAUUUGGCAUCGACGAAGGAGGAGGGAAUUUCUCCGUCGUAGGAUAUCUCCAGCGAAAGGAAGCGGACGUGGCACUGUCAGCUCUGCAAAUGACCAAAGAGAGGGCUGCCGUCGUGGAUUUCACGGGGUCUAUCGCCUUUUCCAGCUACUGCCUUUACAUCAGAAGCAACGCCACGAAACAGAAUAUAGGCUGGAAGACCUACCUCAGAUCGUUCCAUUGGACGGCCUGGCUGGCAAUCCUGGUGCUGCUCUUCGUUGCCGCCGUUUGUCUGUGGGUGUCCGUCACGCGAUUCCGGGACGAGGAUCCUCACUUCAAGAAGGGGGCCAACGUCACGUUCAUCCUGUUCUCUUGCCUCGUGCAACAAGGAUCGUGGAUCUUACCGAGGACCAUCCGAACCCAAGUGAUCCUCUGGUUGUUUUGGGUCGCGAGCGUCAUCCUAUACGCUUCCUACACGGCCCGCCUCACGUCCUACCUCACGGUCUCCACAACUCUGUUCCCGUUCACGUCCUUGGGCGGGGCUGUCUCCGCCCCAGGGUGGCGAAUCACGCUACAGCGGGGCACAUCAGUCCUCAAUUAUAUCAGGUCGCAGCGCUCAAAUUCGGGAGUCUACGGAAAGAUCCACGAGAGCAUAGAGAACGACCCCGACCUCAUCGUCGCCGACAACUACGAGGGACUCCAUCGCAUCCUGACGGAGGAUUAUCUCGUCCUCCUUGCUGAAGACGUGGCCAUGAGAUAUCUGAUCAACAAUUGCUCUGUCGUUCAGAUCCCAGGCAGUUAUCUCUCAGGUUACCUACAUAUUGGACUAAGGAAACAUCUUUCUUACAGUGGUAUAAUAAACAAAGAACUAAACAAAAUGUCGGCCGGAGGAAUUCUCGACCGUGUAUCGAAACAGUGGUGGACUCAAACCAUACCUUGCUCGGAGUCGUCAGCAUAUACGGAACUGGGUUUCACGAACAUUCUGACUGCCUUCCUGUUGCUGAUUGCUGGUUAUGCCAUGUCCCUGAUAUUCCUGCUCAUUGAAUUAUGUCAGAGAGACAGACCAUUCCUUUACUCUCUGUCCGACUGUCCUGCAGACCUCGUGACUAAGUUAAGCCCUUAUUCAAAACCAGAUAAGACAUGAUUGUUCACUUUAGUUUUUAAUUCAUUCGUCUGAUUAUGAAUGUUUCAAAUACCCACUCUGGUAUAUAUUAAAAAAACAGAUCAUCAGUAACUACGAUGCUUGUAAGUACUGCAGUGUUUUAACUCAAAGUGAAAAAUUGUCUGAUUUAUAGAUUCGUUAUCAGGAUAUAACUUCGUGUUCCCAGGUAGAAAAACAUGACGAUUUUACCCUAUAUAACGAUUUUAUAGGCUGUUAUAGCUGUUUUAACGCUAUAUCUCAGAAAGCAACAUGAAAACUACAUCGUUUAGAAAUGCCUGACGUUUUUCUAACAUAGUACCUAGUUUCUUGUAAUUUUUUUUCUCUUAAAAGCGGAAAUUAAGAAUGUAAAUUAAACUAAAGUAUAAAUGCGCGAUGCCUAAAGGCACUGAUAGCCAUGUCUAAAUCAUUCGUUUAAUUAUGUCGAAAUUUGAAAAUAUCUGUAUCAAAUUCGUUCGUGCAUCGCCAGUAGUGACAUUAUUAGAAUAAUAAUAAUAAUAAGAAGAAGAAACUACUGCAUUGGCGUUAGGAAUCUUCAUGAUUUCGUUUGUGAUAAAGCCCGAGGACAUCAAUCUUAAUUAUUAUUUUUUAUUUAUAGUGUAAAUAAAGUCUAUGCAUAGUAAUUUUAAAUAGUCUUGAUCACAGAUUUUCCAACCUUCAUCAGUAAAAGAAAAACCGCUAAAUAUAAUAUAUUAAAGUUUUGUCAAAAUUAUCAAUGUUAUGAGAUUGUGUUGAAUUGUGACUUAUUUUGCAAUAUGAAAUUCCAUAGAUAAAACUCCGUCCUAAAUUUUGUGAAAUUAUGUAGAUUAAAAAACACGUGGUAUACAUUUUCUCAUAAUUAUUUCACCAUAGUUCACAUGUAAUCUACCAUAGAUGUUUUCAUACUUUCACAAACACACUUUCGAACAGUGUUGCCACACGUAGGUGGAUUCCCCUCCGGUAGUUGAUAUUUGGUGUCCGUAGGGGAUAGGGGAAACCUACGGGGGGAAAUUACCCUUGUGUAGGGGAAUUCCACUUCUUUCCCUUAUAAAUAUGUUUUUUCUUCUAUAUUCUCGAGAAAAACAAAAUUAAAUAUUAUUAGUAUCGUUGAAAAUUAUUAAAAAGCCAAGCAUAACAAUGUUAUUUUAAAAAAUCAGUGCUUUCUAGUUCUAAAGGACUGUGUUCCAGGUUCAGACGUUAUCUCAGUUUAGUUUCAGUCUAGCCAAUUCCUUAUAAGGGAUGUGAGUGGAACUUUAUUAUAAAAUGAAUUGCAUAAACGUUAUCUUCAAUUUUUUUUAAAUUAUGCCUACCAUGCCCAAAGAUAUAGGAAGGAAUGUGAAACUCUAGAAAAGCUCUUCCUUUUAAUUGUCAUGCAAGAUGAAGGAACUUUGUAAAGUACACAGACAGUAAGCUCACGAAAUUCUCAGUGAUUAAAGGAAUUUUAAAUUUACAUCGAUGCUUUUUUUGUAGUAGAAUAAUCUAACGUUUAUUUUCGUUUACGAUAAAUGUAUUAACAUUUGUCUUAGAAAUGUAUUUUCAUAAGUUACAUAGUAAACAACUUUUG